UGAUACCGCCAACUCAAAAUAUAAAUUUACUUUUAAAAUUGUUUUGGGACUACACCACUACACGACUUUCAUGUGAAUCAACCUUCAGUAAAAAAUGUUCAUGUAGUAUUUUUAAGAAAUGAUGAUUCCUGUAAUCUUAACAAAUUGUGUGCAGUUGUCGUAGUCCCAAUUUCUUGUGUAUGUCAGUAUUGAGUGGCAAAAGAUAAUGCGAGUACUUGAACAGUAUGUAAUCGUUCGGAAUAUUUUUACCUGUACGUAACUUUGCUGGUGGUUAGGUUCAGGAGGAAUGAAUUGAUCAUGCCAGGAAAGGUAAAGGUGAAGAUCGUGGCGGGUCGAAAUCUGCCGGUAAUGGACCGAGCAAGCGACAACACUGAUGCCUAUGUGGAAAUAAAGCUAGGAAACACCACUUACAAAACUGAAGUUUGCCGCAAGUCAUUAAACCCUCAAUGGAACUCGGAAUGGUAUAGAUUUGAGGACGAGCCUCUUCAGAUCCGCCUCAUGGACUACGACACGUACUCCGCCAACGAUGCCAUCGGGAAGGUGUACCUGGACUUGAACCCACUGGUCCUGCCCACGGUCCCAGGGGCCACCAGGAACGCGUGGACCAACGAGAACACAGCCGUUCCAACCGCGAGCACUCCCGCAGGCUCGGUGAUGUCGGGCUGGAUCCCGGUGUACGACACCAUGCACGGCAUCAGAGGAGAAGUCAACGUUAUUGUCAAGGUGGAGUUCUUCUCCGACUUCAACAAGUUCCGACAGUCAUCGUGUGGAGUUCAGUUUUUCUGCUCACGUAUGAUACCACAGUGUUACCAUGCACAAGUGAUCCACGGUUUUGUGGAGGAGUUAGUGGUGAACGAUGAUCCGGAAUAUCAGUGGAUCGACAAGAUUCGAACUCCGCGAGCAUCUAACGAGGCUAGACAGACCUUGUUCCUGAAGCUGUCUGGGGAACUGCAGCGCAAGAUAGGCUUGAAGGCGCUGGACCUGGGAGGCAACGCAGUCAUCGGGUAUCAGCAGUGCUUCGACCUGGAGGGGGAAUCGGGCAUCGUGGUGCGAGGCAUCGGCACUGCAGUGACUCUGGUGCGGCUCCAAGAAGCUGCAGCUGUCGUCCACCAGCCCGUGGACAGCUCCGUGGCCGCUGACGACAGGCAGGCCCCCGUCGCAGGCGAGGACGUGGUGGCCGACAAGUUGCCGGCCUCCCCCGCCACCGUGGCCGCCGGCGCCAUCCACCGCCGCUCCUCCGACUCUGACCUCAGCAUCACCCCUAAAGGAAACAGCCUCACGAGUAGCGAUCGUUCGUCAACGGCGGGCACGCACUUCCGACAGACAACAGCGAUGGUGCGGCAGCCCAUGAACCAGGAGGGUCUCGACAUGCUGGAGUACCCAUUCCUCACCAUGCACAAGUUCCCGCCGGGCUUCGUUCUCCAUCUGGGCGGCGCGGUGAGCUCGCGCUCCGUCAAGCUGCUGGAGCGGAUCACCAACCUGGAGGAGCCCGAGACGCGCGACGCCUGGUGGACGGAGGUGCGCAUGGAGGUGCGCUCUCACUGUCGCGCGCUGGGCUGCAACGUGGUGCUGGGCUACAGCGAGCACACCAGCAUCUGCGACGACGUGUGCGUGCUGAGCGCGGCUGGCACGGCGGCCGUCAUCAGCCUGGACCACCCCGCGCCCUGGCUGCGCGCGCACACCGCCUCGCUCGACCGCCACGAGUUCCCCGACCAGAGCCCCGCCCCGGCCGUCACGGGAGCAUUGAAGGUGAAGAGUUCUCCGUGUGACGUGUUUGAUUCUGAAAUGCCAUCAUGCGCCAUGUGCCACAUUCCUUACAGUGAAUCCAGCAUUCCAUUCCGAGUCAACAUGCUGAAGUGUGCAAUAUGCAGGCGCGGCAAGGUCCCGGACGUGCUGUUCACCACCAUCGAGGCCCCGGAGAGCGUACCGGCCUCGGGCCGGGGCUGCCUGCUGCAGGCCUACGUGUGCCGUCCCAAGGCCUACUGCCGGGGCGAGCUCAACGCCAAGGAGAUCUCGGACGGCCUGCCCUUCCUGGAGUACGAGCUGCACCGCCUGCUCAUCAACAAGCUCCGCGUCAAGGGCAUGAACGCCAUAUUCGGGCUCAAGCAUCUGGCCUCGUCUUUUCCCGCCCCAGUGCAUGACCGGCGAUUGAAAUUCACCCCUCCUGUCGUGACCAGGACCACUUGUGCCUGCUGCUUCUCAGGGCAGCCCGUUUCUCAGAGCUCGCCUGAGGUGCAGGUGCAAGUGGGGGAGAGGAUGAUGAUUGGUCUGGCCACUGGCACGGCUGUGUUCCUGUGCCCCCUCCCCGCCCCGCCCGUCCCCAAGAUAUCCGCCGGCAACCUCUGGACCGAUGACAGGAAGCUGUCGGAGAUGCAGAAGAGAUUGUUGGACACGGUCAAAAAGAACAGAGAUAUGUACCAGCUAAAAUCUAUUACGGAAGUUGACGUCCAGUCCAACGGCAAGACAGUCCCGUCAGACACGGACGAUUCGGACGAUGAUCUCUCGGAUUUGGACCUGGCUGCUGGCAACAAGGACACGUGUGUUUUAGAGGUGGACGACGCGGAGGACGUGGACGUGGUGUCUCUGCUGAUGGACCCCGCGCCGCCCGAGGGCUUCCACGCGGUGAACCUGGAGUCGGUCCCCGGGCUCGCUGACCUGCAGGUGGUGAGCAACCUGCAGAUGUUCAUGCAGGUGUGGCGGGCCAAGAUCCAGCCCGGCCAGCACACGGGCAACUUCAGCGAGCACUUCCACCGGGUGCUGCAGACGGUGUACUUCAAGCUGCGCCGCAUGGUGCCGUGUGCACUCUGCAACCUGCAGUUCAGCGUGGAGCUUCCAGAGCCGGAUGAGCUCCAGCUGUCCGUGCUAGGCAUGGCUCUUGGCCUCGGUGAAGUACAGACAGUUCAUGGCGGCCUUCACAAGAAGCUGAAUGUGCCGUCCACCAGCAAGGAACCUGCCAGAAGAAUGGACGAGAACGAGAUGAUCUUCAGGCUGGAGGAGGACCACCCCUGGGGUGAGGGGGAGGGCCCCGCGCCGCCCCUGCCCCCUCAGCUGAGUCGCCCCCGGCCACGCUCUCCCCAGAGGAUCCGGCCGCUUCAUGCCACGAACAAGCUGCAUCACACGCCACCUCGCGGUGGGCGAUACGGAGUGGACAUCACACCGCUCUGCUACAUCCCAGGAGGCAAGAUUGAGCGGUACCUGGGCAACUUGAACUUCUUCUUCAUCAGAGAAAGCACUGGUAUCAGGGAGUGCGGCGGUCUCAGCGGGUUCGUGCACAGCUUCGUGACCGAGGUGCUGGCGAUAGUCCGUGCCCACGUCACGGCUCUGGGCGGCAAUGCCAUGGUGGCGUACUUCAUCUCCGAGUGUAUCCUGUACCACAGCCCCCACAAGAACCAGGGGCAGUGUCUCGUGAACGUCGGUGGAGACGUGGUUCUCGUGUCGUAUUUCACGGAAGACUGUUGACUUGUUGAAGCUUCAACCUUGUACGUGCACCACCCACCACAACCCACCUACCACCCACCGCAAGGAUGCGUGUAUUUCAGAUGGAACUGUAUAUUUAGUACAAAUAAUAACUCUUUUUCUUACCUGGUUUUGACGUUGUGCAAGAAUAUUUAUGUUAAACCAUUAUCUGCGAUGUUUACUAUAAUUUAAUAUUUCUGCUGUUGAUUUUAUUUGAUAGUGGUUUAACUGUAUACUAAAUUAAGUUUUUCUUGGCUCUGCUGUCUUAGAAUGCUUGUAUAACAUUUGAUUGUAAUAUUUUUGUAAUGGUUUAUCAUUGUACCGUUUGUUUUUUAUGCACACUAAACCUUUUUAAAGUACAGUUGUUAUUUUCAGUCUCUUUAAAAAGGAAAUUGCAAAUUAAACUUAUAAAAUUGUUAAACUUAAAAUUAUCAGGUAACUAACAAUAAACAACAAAACAAAUCA